UUCCGCCACAAUUGCGUGUCCAACAAGAAGCCGGCGCCCUCCGCGUCCGUCCUCUCCCUCUCUGUCUUCAUAGUCUCUAGAGCGAGAAAGAGAAAUAGAGUUAGACUGUUGGAGUGAGAAUGGAGCUCCAAAACCCUAGCAAUGGCGAUCCGCCGAGCUCCGACCUCCAAAACCCCGGCCAUGGGGAACCCCACUUCGACCCCCCCGACGACAUUGACAGCGCCUGCUCCACCCCCUACGUCAGCGCCCCCUCUAGUCCCGGCCGCGGCGGCGUCUCCGGCUGUUACUUCUUCAGCGCCCCCACCAGCCCCAUGCACUACGUCCUUUCCUCUCCAGCCGCAACCUCCGCCGGCGGCUCCCCCUCCUUCGACUUCCCUGACGCGUCCGUCGGCAACUCCUUCGAGUUUGAAUUCUCCGCCCGCUUCCCAUCCUCCGCCGCAUCUGCCCCUGGAUCCAUGACCUCCGCCGACGAGCUCUUCCUCAACGGCCAGAUCCGGCCCAUGAAGCUCUCCUCCCACCUCCAGCGGCCCCAGGUCCUUGCCCCGCUCUUCGAUCUCAACGAAGAAGAAGACGAUGACGACAAAUCUGACUGUCGCCGGCCGGAAAUGGCCCCCAGGGGCCGAGAUCUGAAGCUCCGGAGCCGAUCGAUCCACCGGCGGGCGAGAUCCCAUUCUCCCCUUCGGAACGCGCCGCUUCAUUGGCAAAUGGAGGUCGAAGAACGAGAAGAGAGAGCCAAAGAUCUAGAUCCGGAUUCAGAUCCGAAGCAGCUCGAGGCGGAGGCGGCCACUCCCUCCGUCUCGGCUUCGUCCUCCCGCUCCUCCUCCACGUCCUCCUCCUCCUCCUCCGGAAGAACCUCCAAGAAGUGGAUCUUCCUCAAAGAUCUCCUUUACAGAAGCAGGAGCGAGGGAAGAGAGAGAGGCCACACCCUAGAGAAGUUCUGGCACACGAUCUCUUUCUCCCAAUCCAAAGAAAAAUCCAGACCUUUCUCCGCCACCGGCUCUUCUUCCAACAACCCUCCGCCGGCCACCGCAGUCUCGGGCGAGGACAAGACGAAAUCAAAGAACCCGCCGCCGGCGACCGGCCGGUCUUCGAAGAGGACGGCGGCGAAGUCGGUGAACGGGUUGGGGCGGCGGAGGGGCCCGACGCCGUCGCCGCACGAGCGUCACUACACGGCGAACCGGGCGCAGGCGGAGGAGAUGCGGCGGAAGACGUUCCUGCCCUACCGCCAGGGGCUUCUCGGUUGCUUGGGCUUCAGCUCCCGUAGCUACGGCGCCAUUAACGGCCUCGCCCGUACCCUUCACCCCGUCUCCUCCAGGUAAUCGACGCCGUCUCUCUUCCGUUAUCCCCAGAUAAACCCACUAAAUGAGUUGUAUAUUUUCCCUUUUUUUUUCCUUUAUCAGUGGAAUUACUGCUGUAAUCCCCAGUCUCUAUGGUUCUGAAAAAAGCGAGAUUAAUGUUAGUUUGGUAAUUUCAGGCCCUUUUAAGAA